AUGUCGCCUUCGCAGAGUCAGGGCCAGAAGCAGCCAUCAAUAUCCGCCUUCUUCAAACGCAAAUCCCCUCCCCCUUCUUCGCCUGCCAAACCCACCUCCCGCUCGAUCAGUAACGACAUCAAAGUCUUCCGAGUCCAGUCGAUAGCAGAUGAUGAGGACGAUGAGGACGAUAUCGUGGCCCUAUAUGACGAGCCUCCACCUACGAAGAAAGCUCGGACGUCAACGGAUACGGCGGCCCCGACUUCUGCUGCUGCCGAAGCGAGGAAGAAGGCUAUGGCCGGCACACAGUCCAGCUAUUUCGGAAAGAAGGCUGCCUCCUCGUCUAACGAGCCCUCUCAGGCUGUAGCAUCAUCAUCCACUCUUCCAGCAAAGGUGGUCGCACCCAAGAGUCGCCCGUCGACGCAAGCGGUCAACCUCGCGAGCUAUCGACUUCCACGCACGGUCCUCCCUCCCCCUUCUCAGUCGGGGUCCGCAUUCGACAAUUACACUGUCUCGCUCGAUCCCGCGUCAGCCGGGGAGAGCUCGCAGCGCCAGCCCAAGACGGUCGAGCAGGAAGCGCGGCACGAGCGAUGGCAGGCGCGCGUGCUAGGUCCGGGGGGCAUCCGACCGCGGAGGAAGUCUUUAGCUCUGGACGAGGCGGCGGCGGCUGAGGCGCGGGGACAGGCCGCAGGUGAUGCGGAAGGGGAAGAAGGGGACGGCGAAGCGGAAGCGGGCGGAGGCGGAGGUCUGUCCGUCCCAGAUGGUGAAGAAGCCAAGGGAUCAGACGACGAGCGUCAAAAGUCUGCGUCGGGCGUCGGGUCAAAGUUGGCCGCCAAGUUUGCGGCAAAGACGAAGGAGGAUGCGAAGACGAAGGGCAAGGGGAAGGGGAAGAAGAAGGAGGAGGUGGGGCCCAGUGGGCAGACGUAUACGCCGUUGGAGAAGCAGUUUAUGGAGAUCAAGGCGGAGAAUCAGGAUGUGCUGUUGCUUAUGGAGGUGGGGUACAAGUAUAAGUUUCAUGGCGAGGAUGCCAAGAUUGCUAGUCGGGAGUUGGGGAUAGCAGCAUUUCCCGCUCGGAACUUCUAUACCGCCUCGAUACCUACCCACCGCCUUCACAUCCACGUCAAGAAGCUCAUCUCCCUAGGGUAUAAAGUCGGCGUCAUCUCGCAGACCGAAACCGCCGCCCUCAAAAAAGUAUCCGAUAACCGAAACGCCCCCUUCACCCGCCGCCUCACCCACCUGUUCACGGCCGCGACGUACGUUGAGGACGCGGCGCUCGGAUCGGCAUCGACGAUGCUGGAUGAUCCGGUCGUCCCUGGUUCCGCGCCCCCGCCGACGAAUGCGCUGGUUGCGCUCGUGGAGAUUGGGAUGGGUGGGAUGGCGCUUGAUGAGAGAGUCAGGAUCGGGUUGGUCAGUGUGGUUCCAGAGACGGGGGAUGUGGUGUGGGAUGAGUUUGAUGAUUCGCAAGUCCGAACGGAGCUCGAAACCCGUUUGACGCAUCUGCAGCCUGCCGAGCUCUUACUUCCUGUUUCUGGACUGAGCAAGGCGACAGAGAAGGUGUUGAGUCAUUUCGCUGGAACGACAAAGUCAAGCGCGAGCAGCAAGAUCCGCAUCGAGCGGAUAGAUAAGAUCUUACCCUACAAUAAAGCCUUCGACUACAUCACCAAAUUCUACACUGACCCUGCGGCCGCCAAGGGCAAGCAGAAAGGCAACUCUGCGAAAGAUGAGAUUGAUCUGACUGGGAGCGACGAUGAGGUGCCCACUGGAGAUGGUGAGGGGAUGGAUGAGCUUCCAGGUGGGAGUCAAGCGAAUGCGGUCGUGGAUCCGAUCGACCUCGCUACGGAAGAGGCUGUCCUUGCUAUCGUCGACUUCCCGAAGCAGGUCGUCGUUGCAUUCUCGGUUAUCAUCCAAUAUAUGAAGGCGUUCGGGCUUCAGGAUGCCUUCAGACAUCGCUCGUCAUUCACCAAGUUCAUCAAUCGGGCGCAUAUGCUUCUGUCGAGCAAUACUCUGGUCAAUCUCGAGAUCUACCGGAAUCAGGAUGAUGGAGGGGUGUAUGGCAGUUUGGUAUGGUUGCUGGACCAUACCAAGACCAGGAUGGGACGUCGACUGCUUCGGGAGUGGAUAGGCAGACCGCUGCUCGAUGUCAUCGCGCUCCAAGCUCGCAUAGACGCCAUCGAGGAGAUUAUCGAGAACAAGACAUACCAUAUGGAGAAGAUGCGCAGUCUGCUUGUGAACAUGCCUGAUCUCGUCAAGGGUCUGACCAGGAUCCAGUAUGGCAAAGCCACCACCUCGGAAGUCGCCACCCUUUUGGUGGCUCUCGUGCGCAUCGGCGCCGAGUUCAAGCCUACCGAAGACCGGAUAUGCUCUUCUGGUCUCCUCAACAACAUCAUCAAGACCCUACCUACCAUCCUGGAGCCCGCGCGCUCUUUUCUCAACGCGAUCGAUAUCAAGGCUGCGCGCGAAGACAAGAUUGCAGAUCUCUGGGCGGAUCCUGACAAGUUCUCAGACGUGCAGGAUGCCAAGGACUGCAUUGGGAUAUGCGAGAGUGAUUUGGCAGAGCAUCUGAAAGAGAUUCGGCAGACUGUCAAGAGGCCGACGUUGCAGUAUGUGAGCGUGGCGGGGGUGGAUAAUCUGGUGGAAAUCCCGGUGGCGCAGGCGAAGACGGUGCCGGCCAAGUGGGUCAAGGUGCAAGCGACGAAACACGUUGUUCGCUUUCAUACACCUGAUAUACUCCGGAUAUCUGCCGAGCUGGAGCAACACAAAGAGACCCUAUCCAUAGCCGCCAAAGCCGCCUUCGCAUCCUUCCAAUCCGACAUUUCAGAAUCCCACUCGCUCCUCGUCGUCUCGCGCCAACUCGCCGUCAUUGACUGCCUGAUGUCUCUCGCCCAAGUGGCGGCCGGAUCGGGGUACUGCAAGCCAACCUUUACGGGCAACCCGGAGCUGCAUAUCCGAGAGGGUAGACAUCCGAUGGUGGAGAUGUUGAAGGAUGAUGCGUAUGUGCCGUUCGAUAUUGAUUUUAGCGAGGGAGAGGGGUGUGCGAAGGUCAUUACCGGGCCGAAUAUGGCUGGCAAGAGUUCUUGUGUCCGAGCGACCGCACUGAUCGUUUGUAUGGCUCAGAUCGGCUCAUUCGUACCUGCUUCCUCGGUCACGCUGGGGGUCCAUGAUGCUGUCCAGACGCGGAUGGGCGCGUCGGACGAGAUCGGUCGAGGCAAAUCGACAUUCAUGGUUGAGCUGUCCGAGACGAGCGAUAUCUUGCGGACUUUGACUCCAAGGACAUUGGUGAUUCUUGACGAACUCGGUCGCGGCACUUCCACGUACGAUGGAGUCGCUAUCGCCUACGCUACGCUCUCGCACGUCGCUGCUGCCCGAUGCAACACGCUGUUUGUGACGCACUACCCGACCGUAGCGGAGGAGCUGGCGAGGGAGUUUCCGAAGCUGAUCAGUAAUUGGCAUAUGGGGUUUGAGGAGGUCAAACUUCCAGAUGGGAGCGCCGAGAUCACCUUCUUGUAUCGCUUGACACGGGGACUGGCUGAAGCAUCUUUCGGAGUCUGGUGUGCCAGGCUUGCUGGCUUACCGAAGACCGUCCUCGAGAACGCGCAGCUCCGCUCUGACGUCCUCAAAGCCGACACCGAGAAGAAGGCGGCUGCGGCUCUCGCGCGGAGGGUCAAGCUCCUACUGUCUAGCUCUGACUCGUCGACCGGAGGGCAGAGCACCGUCAUGCUGCGGAAUGCGCUGUCUUUGUUGAAGACUCUGUAG